UUAUCUCCUCUAGGGUGGGAAGUUGAGUGAGUGAGAGCCAUUGUAGGAGAGCUUCUAGAAAGAAGAAGAAGAAGAAGCCAUGGCAGUGGCUCUUGCUUCUUCUAAAGCUUUUUCCUCAGUCUCUUAUGCUUUACCUCCAUUCAAUCGGUCGAAUUUCGUGUUAGCUAUCUCCUGUUCGAAUCCUGUAGACGUCGUCGAUCGGAGAAGAAGAAUCUUGAUCUUCGGUUCUAGUUUAGCGCUCGCGUCGACUCUGCUUGGUUCCAAUCGUCAGAGAUUUCCGGUUGAAUCUGCGAUCGCGUUGGAGCUAUUCAAGGAAAAAGAGGAUGAGCUCGAGGACGAAGAAGAGAGAAAUGUCAAUCUCUUCCAGAAAACUUCGCCGUCUGUUGUUUUUAUCGAAGACUUUGAGCUGCCCAAAACAUCGACUGAUAACGAGUUCACACUCACUGAUGAGGGAAAUGCGAAGAUCGAAGGGACAGGUUCAGGCUUCGUUUGGGAUAACCUCGGUCACAUUGUAACAAAUUAUCAUGUCAUUGCCAAGUUAGCUACAGAUCAGAGUGGAUUACAACGUUGCAAGGUGUCUCUAGUUGAUGCCAUCGGAACAAGAUUUAGCAAGGUUGGGAAGAUUGUGGGUCUUGAUCCAGAUAAUGAUUUAGCUGUGUUGAAGAUUGAUACCGAGGGACGUGAACUAAAACCUGUUGUUCUCGGUACCUCCAGUGAUCUACGAGUUGGUCAGAAUUGCUUCGCGAUCGGGAAUCCCUACGGAUAUGAAAACACUUUGACAAUAGGGGUUGUGAGUGGGUUGGGAAGAGAGAUACCUUCACCUAAUGGGAAGAGUAUUCGAGAGGCUAUCCAAACAGAUGCUGAUAUUAACUCAGGAAAUUCUGGAGGGCCAUUGCUUGAUUCUUAUGGUCAUACCAUAGGCGUGAACACGUCCACUUUCACCCGCAAAGGGUCGGGUAUGUCUUCCGGUGUGAACUUUGCCAUUCCCAUUGACACAGUUGUUAGAACAGUACCCUACCUCAUUGUGUAUGGAACAGCUUAUAGAGACAGAUUCUGAAGAAAACAAAUAUCUUUUUUUGUCUUCAAUAAUGUAAAUACAAAAAAAUUCCAAAAGGGUUUCCAAUGCAUGUAUACAUUUUUUCUUGAUAAGAUUUUGUGAAUCAUU